GAUAACAUAAGAUGGUGUGGUCAUUGUGAUUGGGGCUGUGUGUGUGUGUGUGUUUUGCGUAAUGAAUGGAACUCUGUUCAUCAAUCUCCGGAUUCCACCUAAUCUAAUCCCGUGUUUGUGUUGGUGUUGGUGUUGCAGCUAUGUUCUCCAACAUUUCUUCCCUUGCCUUUCCUUCUCUCUCUCUUCGCCACAACUCUAGGGUUUCCCUUUUCAAUCCAAUCUCUUCUCGCAUUUCAUUUCAAUCAUUCACCUUUCGUCCAAACAAAUGGAGUUUUUUGUGUUCUGGGCAUGAAAGUAUUUCAUCAGAAACUAAUGGUUCUGAGUUCAACGAAGAUAAAUUGUCAGAAGAUUUGGUGAAUCUCAAAGGUGACCAGUCCAAAGACUUGAAAAAAGAUUGGCUUGCAUCACUCUAUACGGUCAUAACUGCCGUUCAUGGUGUGGAACCCUGGACAGUUCCUUGGACAGCCAAGACCAUUGCUCAGGUUAUGCUUCUCUGGAUUGCUUCAUUUUGGUUAAUAGGAUCUUGGAUAGUUCCAUUUUUAGCUUACACAGCAGGGUUUAGAAAGGAGUCUCUUACAUACAGAGGACAAGCUUUAUACAGCCUCUUGACUGAUGUUGCUGAAGGUGUCGUUGGGAUAGCAAUACUUCAUCGUUGUCUUGCAAAGUUUCAACCACUUUCGUCUGACUGGUUCAAAUUUGAACUCAAAGGGAAGUGGCAGUUUGAUGUCAGUUUAGGCUGCCUCAUGUUCCCCCUUAUCAAUCAGCUGUCACAAGUGAACCUAUUGCCCAUUCUUCAAUAUACACCAGUUACCAUCUCAAGUGUAGAGCAAUCAAUUGUAGCACGAGACCCUGUGGCAAUGGCCCUCUAUGCAGUGGUUGUCUCAGUUUGUGCCCCAAUAUGGGAGGAGAUUGUCUUCCGUGGUUUCCUUCUCCCAUCUUUAACCAAGUACAUGCCUGUCUGGAGUGCUAUAUUAGUUAGCUCUGUAGCUUUUGCCUUGGCACAUUUUAACAUUCAGAGGAUGCUGCCACUUGUAUUUCUUGGCAUGGUAAUGGGUGCUGUCUUUGUACGGUCUAGGAACCUCUUGCCAUCAAUGUUGUUACAUAGUUUGUGGAAUGCUUUUGUAUUUCUGGAUCUCAUGAAAUAAUUUUGUUUUUGACUCUUUUCUUA